AGGUGAUUCUGCACGCGCACAUUGAACCCCCCCACCUGAUGAAGAAGAGAGCGAUUAACCAAAAACUCAGGAUCAAGCUCUUCUACGAUGAUUCCGUGUAUAGAUUGGAUUCUGAGAAAUUUGACCUCAUCAAUAACACAAUAUUGCCAGAUGCAGUAGAAUUCUGGGAGGCUGCACUCAGGGUACGGAAAACAGCUAAUAACAUCAGGCUGAGUCGGAAAUGUGAGGACAAUCAAGUAUUCUACAAAACAAAUGACAGCUUGCCAUACUGCAAGAAUCGUUGUGAGGAAAUUACUAUGUGUGGAGAGGUUCGAGUUCCACAGGAGCAUUUGGAUUCAUGUCGGGUGUGUGAUGGAUUGGGGAGAAAUUGCCAUCAAGUGGAACCUCCAGGAGGGAAAGGGAUAGAAGGAGCAGAUUUUGUUUUCUAUGUUUCAGCCAUGGAAACAGAGCGCUGUCACAAAGGAAUGACUGUUGCCUAUGCUGCACAUUGUCAGCAAGAGGCUGCCCUUGACAGACCCAUUGCAGGACAUGCAAACCUAUGUCCCAGCAGCAUCAGCACUCAGGCCCAAGCAUUAUCAACACUGUCCUCUACUGUGAAACAUGAAAUUCUUCAUGCUCUAGGGUUCUCAGUUUCUCUGUUUGCCUUCUUUCGUGAUAAGGAUGGGAAUCCUCGCACUCCCAGGACUGACAAUGGGAAACCUCUCCUAAAUGAAGAGUUACAUACAAGACAAUGGAGUGAAGCAGUUGUUCAAAGAGCAGUGCGGAAGCAGUGGCUCGUUGCUGGUGGAUACAUCGAGAAGGAGAUUAACAUGAUGGUAACCCCUCGGGUUGUAGAAGAAGUGCGAGCUCACUUCAAUUGUCCUCUACUUGAGGGAGCUGAACUGGAAGACCAGGGACAAGAGGGCACUGCUCUCACCCAUUGGGAAAAGAGGAUUUUUGAAAACGAGGCAAUGACGGGAACACAUACUCAGAAUCCAGUGUAUUCUCGCAUCACUCUUGCACUGAUGGAGGACACUGGCUGGUAUUACCCCAAUUAUGAAAUGGCCCAAGAGUUGUCCUGGGGAAAGGGUCUUGGUUGUGAUUUUGCCAUGAAGUCUUGUAAAGAGUGGAUGGAUGUCAAGCUGAAUGAGGGUGAAAGGCUGUACCCUUAUUGUGACAAGGUGAAACGGGACCCCCUUCAGACCGAGUGCUCGGCCGAUCGGACAUCUGUGGCUUUGUGCAACCUCAUUGAACAUCCAACACCUCUACCUUUGCAAUUCCAGAACUUUGACUACCUUCCAAAUGUGGCUCAGAAUGCUUUGUCUAAAUAUGGUGGAUCAGUUGUCCUAGCUGAUUAUUGUCCUUAUGUCCAAGAAUUCACUUGGAAGUCACAAAACAAAUAUGUCCGUGGAUCUCACUGUCUCUAUGAAGAAAAUAAUCCAGUUCCAGAUUUGAAUUUUGCCCUGGAGUUGUAUGGGGAAAACUCUGUGUGUGUUGAGCACCCACCAGGUCGACAAUGGGUGGAGCGUAACUGUCUCCUCAAACGUCAUUGGGAACACUGGGGAUCUGGUUGCUACCAGUAUCUCUGUUAUGAUGGCCAUCUUCAUCUCAUGGUGGAGAAUCAUACCUUUACGUGCUUUCAUCCGGGGCAGGUGAUCGAAAUCAGCCUAUUUGCUAAUGACUGGCUUCACCAAGGGGCUAUUGUGUGCCCCUGGUGCCAAGACAUCUGCUCAAACGAAGGAAUGGUGUGCAAGCGUCCGAUGGCAGUCCCACGUACCCUCGAGUACCACAAGGACGUGUUGGUGUGCGGGGGGAGUUCAUCGUCCCCGUCUCUAGGACUUCUCAUCUCGUGUCUCGCGUUAACAUUCCUGGUAUCGAUGGGAGCAAGGACAGAGAGGUGAUGUGAAUGCAGCAUCUCCUCAUGUGAUACUUGCCUGUGAUCUUUGAUGUGAUGUACUGGGUCACUCAUUUCCAACCAUGAGUCUCCAUCCGAUUAUCAGUCAAAGCAUGCCUUCAGACUUUUUUAUGUUUUACAUUGCCUGAUGAUGGAAAAGAAUGUAUAAAGUUUUUCAUCUUCCUGA